AUGGAGCUGAACAAGAGGCUUGCGGAGAAGAAGAAGCGGCGAGAGCUGCGUGAGGCCGAGUCGAGGCGACGCAAGGAGAAGCGAGCGAGGGACGAGGAGGCCAAGGCGCUCCGCAAGCGGAUGGGCUCCAGCGUGAAGGAAGCCGACCGCCUGCGGGCGAAGCUGAGGGACAGGGCGGAGCAGACGGGGCGCGUGCGGGCGCGGGAGGCUCUCUGGAGGUGGCGGGCUCAUGCUGCGGGGGCUGUGGCAACCCGCGAACGCAGGGAGCGCCUCGCGGCGGAGCAAGCCAUGGCCGCAUCCUCUACAACCGCAGCGGCGUUGGCGGCGGCGGCGGCGGCGGCGCGAGGUGGUGGGGCAGUUGUUACGGAGAACGGUGAUGCCCGGAACGCUCGACGGUCCGAUCUCGCGCGGAACAACCGCGGCGAUGACGAGGCCGCCCGGCGCCGUGACAACGGAAAGGGGCGAGCCGUCGGGGCCGCGGCCACUCUCUUAGCCCCGAGCGGCGACUACCAAGGAGUGUACGGCGGCGGCAGCAGUAGCGGCGGCGGUGGCAUGGGUGGCAACACCGCGGGGUGCGGAGAGGGUCAGCUUGGUUCGAGAACUCCUAUCGAGCGGCGGGGGCGUGGUGCACAUCCUCACGACAUCGUUGGAGCCACGCCUAUAUUUGAUAGGGUUUCGGCCGCCGCUGCUGCUGGCGCUGCCGCCACCGGUGCUGGUGCGGAUGGUAGUUCGACUUCGGCCGCUCUUGCCACCUCGGUUGAGGCGCCGGCUCUGCGGCAGGAUGCGGCGCACCAGGCGGCAGCAGCGGCGGCGUUGGAACGAGAUCAACGGGAACGCGCGCGGGGCCGGGCUCCCGCGAUGGAGGUUGGCACAACUUCGGGACAAGUCACGGACAUGAGACGCGAGCGCCAGGAACGAUCGGGCAGAAGAGUUUGGCUUGAUUCUCCUCCUACUGCCGUUACUGGUGCCUCUGCCCCGCCCGUGGGUGCAGUAGCGCCCUCCCCCGAAGCCACGGAGAGAAGAGCCGGGCGCCUACAGGCGGCGGCGGGUAUGAGGGCGUCGAUGGGUUCCGCUACUGCCGCCAAGGGCGCCGCGGCUACGACUGCCGCUACUGCUGCGGCAACCGCCACCGCCGAGGCCGAUGACGCCGCGAGGAGGAGCUGGGAAGCGCAGGAACAAGAGCUGCAGCUGUCCAGGCUGUCGGCGGAGAGGAGCCAGCUGGAGGGGCGCAUGCAGGGUGCCGCUCAAGCCGCCACUGCUGCUGCUGCGGCCGCUGCUGCUGUCGAGCGAGACUUCCAGCUGCAGCGGCAGGAGCAGCAGCAGCAGCUGCAGCAACAACAAGAAAGACAACGAGCGUGGUGGCGUCAGCAACGGCUGCACAAGCAGUCUCAGCAGGACCAUCUCGAGGAGCGGCAGCGGCAGCAGCAGCAAGAGGAGGAGGAGCAGCAGCAGCAGCAGAUUUCCCACCACCAACGGCCGCAGGAGCGACAGCAGCGGCAGCAGCAACACCGGCGGUGGCAGCACCGAGCGUGGAACGGGGCGGUGGCGGGAUCCGGCGGCAGAGACGAAGAGGCGGCAGAUGACGACGAAGAAGAAGAGCGUGGAGAACACAGCAAUGAUGGGGACCCCGCGACUAGGACCAGGACACCCCUCGCCCCCGUACCGCGCGCUCGCGACGAGAGGCGGGUGCGGAGCGCCUUCGGUGCGUGGAGAUCGGCGGCGACCAGUGCGGCGCGCGAGCGCCGGUCGGCGCGGCAGGCGGCCCGCAGGGGGGCGAGCUCGGCGGCCGUCGCGGCCGGUGCAAGAGCGGCGGCCGGAGUGGUCGUGCACGCGGAGAAGCGAGCGGUGCGCCGGUCGUUCCGGCUGUGGAUGCGCGCGGCCGAAUAUGCGAGGCGGAAGGACCUUGCGCGGCAGGCCGCCCUCCGACAGGCUACCAGCCGAGCCGCCCAACGCUGUCGGCAGCUGAAGGUCUCGGCCUUCCAGCGCUGGCGGCUGGCGACAGCGGCUGCGGCGGUGGAGCGGCUGAGGCGGCGGGAACGGGCGGGGAGCAUCGGGCGCGGGGCCGUGGUGGCGGAGGCCGUCCUCCGGAGGCGUGACGCCGGGAGGGUGCUGUCCGGGUUUCGACGGUGGAGGGAGGCCGACGAGGAGGCAAUUGUUGCUGCUGGCCAAGCCCGCGACCGCCGCGCAACGGCAGCCGCAGCCACCGCGGCGCUGCUCCACCGGCGCCGCCGCAGCCUCCUCAGGCAAGGGCUGCAGGCGCUGGGCGCGGCGGCGAGGGCGGCGGUGGAGCGCAGGCUGAGGGCGGAGAGGGCGAGCCUGUCCGCGGCGAUGAGCAAGCGCGCUUCCCGGACGCUGGUGCUCACCCGGUGCUGGGAUGCUUGGAAGGCGGCCGCUACCGCCGGGGGCCUGGCGAGAAGGCUGGCAGCCGCAGGGGCGCAGGCCCAACGCAUGGCGGCGGAGAGGAGGCACCUGCGGGCCGAACAGCUGGCGUGGGUCUGCAAGGCCGCUUUGGCGGCAUCAGACGUGCGUCGCAAGGCGCGCGCGUGGCGCUUGUGGCGUCAGGUCCAGGGACGUGCCGACACGGAGCACGCUCUCGUCAACCGUAUUCUCCUCGCCGCCGCUCAGCGCUGGCGCACCGGCCGCCUCCGCGCGGGCGUCCGGAGAUGGAGGAUCGCUUCCGAUGCCGUUCGGUCGGAGAGGGAGCUCGUCCGCUUGCGGGCCGCCAAGCUCGGGUCGGUGUCCGCGUUCCUAGGAGGCGGUUCGGGAAGCCUGAGGAGGACCCCGAGGAUGGACGUCGCGCGGGCGUUCGGGACCUGGGUGCGAGUGGCGGAAGGCCGUAAGGUCGAGUCCCUCAAGAGCCGUCAGGGGGCGCGUAUCCUCCUAGGCGUGCUCCGUUUCUCGCGAAGAAACGCCCUCGCUCGCGCGGUAGGCACAUGGCGCUCGGCCGCCGAACGGAUAGCGCGAGUGGGCCGGUGCGUCCACAACCUGGCCCUUCGGACGGCCCACAGGCAACGCUUGUUCCUGCUGGGGAAGGCUUGGGCGCGAAUCGCGUGGGCUGCGGGGGAGCGGGAGGCGGCCCGGGCGCGGCAGCGGGGUGCUGCGCGCGUCUUUCAUAGCCUGGUGGCGUCAUCCGCGCGGACCUCACGCUGCAGAGCCUGGACCCGAUGGAGAACAGCCGUCGCCGAGAACGCCGUAGCCGGCCGCUUGCGCGGCGCGCAGCGCCGCGCCCUCCGGCGGUGCGUCCGCUCCCGCCUGCUGCGCGACACGGGAGCGGCCUGGGGGGAAAUGCGCAGAAAUUUCCUACGGUCCCGCGCCCUGGUGUCCGGAGCCGCCCGCCUGGACUGGUUCCUGGUCAGGGCGCGGCGGCGAGCGGUGUCUCGGCGGCUGGGGUCGUGGCGGACGGCGGUCCUCGCGGGCGCGAUCGACGAGCGCCGGAGGGAGAGCGUCCGGGGCAGGAGGCACGCGGCGGCGAGGCUGUUGGGGUCGGCGGCGGCGCGGGUGAAGCGGAGGCGGCUGGAGGGCGGGUGGCGCGCCCUGGCGACAUUCGCGGAACGGGCGCGCCGGGCGGAGGGGGAGGCCUCGGCGAGGUCGAAGCACGCGGACCGUCUGGCGCGCGCGGCGGCGGAGCGGUCGAGGAGGCGGGUGCUAGCCCGGGCCUGGCGGGCUUGGAGCGAAGUCCUGGCGCAGCGGCGGCUGCAGGGAGCGGUGGGCGCCGCGACGUCGUCGCUGGAGGAAGAAACAGCUUCGUUGGCAAGGCAGGUGCAGCUUCUGAGGCUGUCCGGGACUGUCCGGGUCAUUUUUUCCGCCGCCGAACGGUCGAACAGGGUUCUGCUGCAGAGAGGCUGGCGGGGGCUCCGCGAGGCAUCGCAGCGGCGAGCCGUCCUCCUCCGCGUGGUGGGUAUCUCUUCCCGCGCCCGCUCCCGGCGCCUCAUCCUCGCCCUCAACCGCUGGCGCCUGGCGACGAACGACGCGCGGACGGCCCGGCUGAGGGCGGGGGCCGGGCGGUCCGUGCUGGCGGCGUGCCUGGCCGGGGCGCGUGGCCGGGCCAUGCGGCCCGCGUGGGAGUCCUGGUGCGAGCUCGUCACGAGGGAGAGGGGGGAGGAGGACGACUUCGCCGGACGGGAGGAAGGGCUCCUCGCCUUCGCCUCCGUCAUCUCGAGGGUCGGCAGGCGGAGGGACCGGGACCGGAGACUGCGGGCGUUCGAGCAGUGGAGGCUGGGGGCGGCGCGCACGGCCGCGACCGUGGCCAGGCAGCAGGCCACGAGGGGAGACGAGGUGGUUAGGGCUGUCGAGGUGGAGAACGCUCUCACAUCACCAAGCGCGAAGCGCCGUGAGAUAUUCGGCGAGUCGCAUGAAGGGUGCGCUGCAUCCUGCUAAGGGUGUUCGGCAUCUUGUGCUUACUUCCUUGCGUACGGAUGACAGCUGCGG